AUGAUUGACAGUGAUACUGAUGAAUUUUCACAACAUGUAUCGUGUACAAUUGUACCUUAUGUAGAACAACAACCUGUAGCUGGUAUUGAAGUUUACUUCUUGAGACAAUUGGCUAAUCCUUUUCGUGUUGCCUGGACUCUUAUCAAGUUAGGCUAUGAACCAUUGGCACCAGUUCAGUUCAGUUCGCCUCUUGUUCUAUUUGGUUUAUCAUCUCCAAUUUAUGUCUAUCCGAAUUUCUUUAAGUAUACCUAUCAUUUAAUGAAAACAAUAGGUGUUUGGAAUGUGCUGUCAACAGGAUUGUUUGCAAAUGCUACACAUGAUUUUAUUGUGGAAAUAUUCCGUGCAGCGUUUAGACGAAGAACAAAUAUAUGGAUGCGAACAGAAAAUAAUUUUCACAAUAAAAAACAGAUCGUCAUUCAUACUACUACUAAUCAACAAACCAAUAAAGAAUUUCAGACUGAACGACUUUUGGAAGAGUCAAGACUUUCAGUUUUCUUUGAAAGAUUUACUGAGAUAUUAUCACUGAAACUUUGGGAAGUCUUAGUCAGUCAUCCAUUUUAUGUGAUUACUGUUCGACAGAUUGCAGCUUUGAUUGGCAAGGAAACUCAGUAUACAUUUUUUCCUAUGGCUGUUCGAGCUGUUUAUCGUGAAAAUGGUAUUUUAGGAUUUUUCCAGGGUUUUAUACCACGUUUAAUUGGUGAAAUGAUUUUAACAUCAGCUUAUUAUUGUUCUUGUCGUCUGGUCAGAUUAUUAAUAUUUGGAUUAGGUAGAAGAUCUACUGAAAAUAUGAAUAUUUUACGUGUAUUAUUAUACUAUACAUUACAUAAUUAUACUUAUCCAUUUGAAUUAACCGGUUGUGUUAUGGCUGUACAUGGUGCAAAUUUAAUUGGUGCUACUGAAUCGAACUCUUUUCAUAAUUGGUAUGAAUGUCAACGUUAUCUUAGUCAAAAUCAACAACUAAUUCGUGGUUGGCGUCCAUUUCUACGAAGUCAUGUUCAACAAAUUCAUUUACCAAAAUUAAAAAGUUAA